ACUGACGUCAGUGGGCCUGCCUGUUUCCUGCAAUAGAAAGUAAGAAGGUUGAAAAAACCUUGAAAAUAGUUCUUUUUCCAUAACCGUUCCAGAAAAGCCCUCAAAACAAAGCAGACACAUAGCGGAAUUGUUAAGCUCAGUUCUCGUAUAUAUACCAGUACCACAUAUUCUGGCUGUGGUCCUGUUGCAAUGAAGUAAGCCAAAAUUGAGUCUUCAAUAAUGGACUAGUAAUUUGGGAGGGAAAAAAGAUGCCACGCACAAAACAAAAUAAUCCUAAAAACCUGAAAGAUAAAAUUGAAGAAGCACAGAAAGAACUUAAAGAACCUGUUGACUCCAAAAAAGGAAAUCGGGACAGUGGAACAAGUUCUGAAACUAUAAAAGGCAUUAAAAGGAAAAAGCUGAUUGCUGAAAACCAGUUAAAAAAAAUUCCAAAGUCACCAGUGAAGAAAUCUUCUUUGUCAAAAGUUAGUGCAUGUCCUCACAGGACAGGUAAAGAAAAGGCUGUUAGUCCAUUUGCAGAAAAUGGGGAAAGAGCUGAAGAGAAAUGCACUAUGCAGAAGGACAAGGAUAGCCAUGUGUAUGUUGUGAAAGCAGUUGAAAGCAGCUGCUCAAAGCAGACACAAAGGCCUAUAGACCAACAGCCAUUUCCUUUUUGCAAUGGAAAGAGUGAUGCACGUUGGCCAUUAGCUACUAAGCACCCCAUGCCACUGGAACAGCUGCAAACUGGAGACAACACUCCAGCAGUGCUGGAGGGAAACUGGAGUGUCCGUGCUGCUGAGAGUACUUCUCCUUCUGUGGCUAAUGCUUCUCUUGAUGUUCUACUGCAAGCAAUGGAAACAGACCUCAAUUCCUUGUCAAAAACUACUUUUUUGUCAUGCCACACUCAGUUUGGAAAAUCUGUGGCUGAACAAUCUCGAAUUGCAUUCCAACAGCUCACAAAGCAAACUGAGUUUACAGUAAAAGCUGGCGAUUGUGUGCAUGCCGAAAAAAGCGACCAAACUCUUCCUCAUAUUCCCCAUCUGCAUUAUGAGCCAAUGACAGUUGUUUCACAAAAGAGACCGCAAAAUACACAACAGAAAGUUGCAUGUUUUGCUCAAGAGAAUACCUGUCAGCAGAGUCAAGAAGAGAGUCACCUCCACCAAGGCACUUCUUCUCAUCUUCAUCUUCCUCAGAGUCAGCCUAUGGUGCAGACCUGCCAGUCAGCUUCUGCCAGUGUUCCCUGUUCAGUUCAGGUUCCUGUAACUCCUGGCUGCAGUCAGCUGCAACUAUCCACUUUUGCAAGUCAUGGAUCAGAACAGAAACCUAAAAAACAAGGAAAGUAUGUAUGUGAAUACUGUAAACGGGCCUGUGCCAAACCCAGUGUACUUUUGAAGCACAUUCGGUCACACACUGGUGAACGGCCUUAUCCAUGUAUCACAUGUGGAUUUUCUUUUAAGACUAAAAGCAACUUGUACAAGCAUAAAAAGUCACAUGCCCAUGUCAUAAAACUUGGCCUGGUCAUGCGAGCUGAUUCAAGUGGUGGUUCUCUUUCUCAGGAAUCGGAAAAAGCAUUUAGCAUACAUUCAGAUGUGGACGAGAGUGGCGACAGUGAGGAAGAGGGAACAACUGAUGAAAGGAGCAUAGGGAUAGAGGCUGUGCAGAGUCUGGUAAAUGCAAGCCCUCAUCCAGCUAAUCAGGGGGAUACCUCGGUAGUUCAUGAGAAAAAUGAGUCUGCAAAGAAUCAGAAAUGUACAGAGCCGCAGGUAACUGCUACUCUGCCAAAAGUAAUAGUUUAUCCAGUGAAUGUGUCUCCAUUGCGUGCAGAUAGUCCUUUAGUUAGUGAUUCACAUCCAGAAUUGCCUGCAGCACAGAAGCAGAGAGAUUUGCAGACGUCAAGUUUAUCCUCUAGUCUGACAGUUGUGCUUGAUGGCAGUGAUGUUUGUCUGGGAGAAGAUGAACAAAAUGUUAAGUCCCCUGGUGGGGGUGGACAUGCACAGCUACAGCGACAGCAGGCAACAGACUACUCCCAGCAGGAGCAAGGGAAAUCCCUCCUCAGUCCUAGAAGUUUAGGGAGCACGGAUUCUGGUUACUUCUCUCGCUCAGAAAGUGCUGAUCAGACCGUGAGUCCACCUAAUCAGUUUGGUAAGCUGGUUCCUGCUUCAGAGAUGGAGGUGAAUAAAAAUGUACUGACUGGUCACCUUGCCCAAAUUGUAGCACCUGCACUACAGGCAAGUUUAGUAGAAAAACCAUUACUUUCAUCAAUGCAGAUGCGGCCUCCCAUGGAAACAAAAACUCUUGAGGAACGCAUUUCUAAACUAAUCUCUGAUAAUGAAGCUGUGGUGGAUGAUAAGCAGCUAGAUAGCGUCAAACCGAGAAGAACUUCUCUUUCAAGAAGAGGAAGCAUCGAUUCGCCAAAAUCCUAUAUUUUCAAAGACUCUUUCCAAUUUGAUCUCAAACCAACUUGCAGGAGGGCGAGCUCCAGCUCUGAUAUACCAAAGUCCCCUUUUACACCCACAGACAAGUCCAAACAAGUGUUUCUUUUGUCUGUCCCCUCUCAAUAUCCUGCAAUGGACUGUCUGCCAAUAACACGAAGCAAUUCUAUGCCUGCUACUCCUGGCUAUUCUACUAUCCCGCCAAAUGUAACUCCAGCACCUCACCCACUUCGAGGAAGUCAGUCAUUUGAUGACAAAAUUGGUUCAUUCUAUGAUGAUGUAUUUACUUCUGGUCCUCCCACUCCAAUGCAAGCUGUUCACCCCCGGACUCUGGUCAGGCAGGCUGCAAUCGAAGAUUCAUCUGCAAGUGAAGGCAACAGUCUUGCUUCGUGUCGUUCUGUUGAUGAAAGUCGUCAAGGAUCUAUCUUGGCCACAGAAGUGAUGCUGAGAAGUAAAUCGUUUGAACAGGCUUCUGUGUCAGAGAAGAAUAAAAAAUCACAGCAGAUCAGGGGAACUAUGUAUGAAUGUGAGACUUGCAGAAAUCGAUACAGAAAGUUGGAAAACUUUGAAAAUCACAAGAAAUUUUACUGCUCAGAGCUGCAUGGACCAAAAAGCAAGACUGUCGCUAUGAAAGAAUCUGAGCAUGAUCUCCUUGCACGCAGUUCACAGCCUCAAAUUUUACAUUAUAGAGUAAUGGGAACAUCAGGUGUGUUAGAACAGCCAACCACAAUUAUAAGAAAGAGAAGAAAAAUGAAAAGCGUUGGAGAUGAUGACGAGUCCUCGCCUACAGAGCGCAAUGCCCCAUGUUCUGGGAGCUUUGAUUCAGCUUCAUGCCUGGUUGCCCAAGAUGUCCGUGGCAGAGGUUUCCAUAAACAAGCAUCAGUGGUAGCAGAACUUCCAUCUUCCAGUAUUCAUAUACAAACUCCUCAGCUGCAGCAUGCUGUGCGGAGUACAGAAUCUUCAGAUUCAAGAUUAUCUCCUAUACAUGAAAUUCAAGGGAGCUUAACUUCUUCAGAUAGAGGAGAACUACAAAGACAAGGUAGUGGGAUAUCAGUUAUUCAGCACACAAACUCCCUAAGCAGGCCCAGUUCAUUUGAUAAAUCAGACUCUUUUGAGAGAAUCUCUCCAGUAAGCUUGCAAGAAAAAGAGAUUCAGACAGUUACCAAACAGCUGGCACUGGCAAGUGUUAGCUCUGUUCAGAGUGAUGAUUCCACUCAAAGCAAUACCUCACAGCUGCAGCCUACUACAGUGGAGCCAUCCAGGCCCGACCUGCACAGUGAACGAAGAGCUCGGUCAGCAGAAAGCACUGUUCCAGUACAGCAGUCGCGACUUGUUCGACAGCACAACAUUCAAGUUCCUGAAAUUCUAGUCACUGAAGAACCAGACAGAGAACAGGAAGGUCAAGGAAAUGAGCCAGAAAAGCCUUUAGAAACAUUUAAUUGGCCCCAACGCAGUGAAAGCUUGUCUAAAUUACCAACAGAAAAGUUACCUCCCAAGAAGAAAAGAAUUCGCUUGGCUGAACUGGAGCAUUCAUCGGCUGAGUCAAGCUUUGAAUCAACACUUUCUAGAAGCUUAAGUCGAGACAGCACAUUGUCAUGUUGUUCUAGCAUUUCUGUUUCAUUUGACAGAGAUGAGGUUCCACGCUCUGAAAGUCCUCUAAAUUCAGAAAGCAUUGGUAAGCCAUGUGAACCUCGUUCAAUAAACCAUGGUGUAAACAUGCUAGGUGUUCCAGUUUCCACUUUUAGAGAAAUCCGACGUGCAGCAUCAGAACAGAUCAGCUGUACCCAGCCCUCCGUUGAAGUUUCUUCUGAAUACCGGAGCAAAUCCUUUGAUUGUGGAAGUAUGUCACCUAUUAAACCUGCCUCCUCUGUAGAAGUGGCUCUGCCAAGGCUAGCUUUAUCACCAGCAGCAGUGGGAUCUCAGGUGCCUCUUAUUGAAAGAAGAAGGGGGCCUCUCGUUCGUCAAAUGUCAUUAAAUAUUAGUCCUGAAGGGCAACAACAGGCUAAGUUUUCACUUUCUUUUCCGAAAGCGUCUACUAUUCAUACAAGUCCAGCAUCUCUUUAUAGGCCCCAGGUCACGUUUAUUUCUUCCACAACACCUGCUCAAGUUAGCAAACCUCCAAUGAGUUACCAAGAGACUGUGUUCAACAAGAAUAAACCAUCAGUGCAGAGUGUUAAUAUGGGUAGCAGAUCAUGUAGCAUACCACCUUUGAUCUCUGGACUUCCACAUCCUUGGCAACAGCUUCCUGGCAGUCUUAAUAGUACAAAGGUACAGCAGCCUUCCCUACCAAAAGAAGAUAAUUCUUUUGAAUCACAGCAACAUUGUACAUAUACUCCAAAAUAUCAACUGCUUCCAACCACCCAAGUUGCUUCCAGUACCUUGCCAAUUAUCACUCUUCCAAUUUCAAAUGAGGCCACCUCAGCUUGCAAGUCACCUGAAACACUUACUAGUAUCUAUUUGGUACCGCCAAAUAUAGACGCUACCACAUUGCCUGCAUCAGAUCAACAGCUAGCCUCCGUUGCGUUACCUGCAAGUUUUGAGAGUGCAGUUAGCACAAAAUCUCUGCCUCGUAUUUUGGUAACACAAGAUCAAACAAGACUAGGUGGUCCACCUGUUUGCAAACCAUGCAUCAUUCCAGAUGACAUCACUAAUGCUAGUAGAAGUAGUGUCUCUCAUACAACUCUUGAUAGACCAUAUUUUGAUCAGACUCUAAAUGCUAGCAGUGACGACAGAAAUUCUUCUAUACUAUCUCUGAACACUGCUCAGAAAGUGUCAACAGUGGGACUCUUUCCUCAGCAAGAAAGUACAGCUUCGAGCAAGAGAAUGCUUUCACCUGCUAACAGCUUAGAUAUUGCCAUGGAAAAGCAUCAGAAACGAGCAAAAGAUGAACAUGGAUCUGCAUGUCAUACAGAUGGCCGCUCACUAAAUUUCCUUAACCCCCGUACUGCUGAGGUGAGCAGGCAGAGGAAGUUAAUGUUAGUAAGACAGGUCUGCACAAUGGAGCCAGCUGAUAGCUCUUUAUCUGAUACGGAUAUAGGCCCACAGCAUCAGAUCAGAUCUGUUCAAGACAAAAUGGUAGUCACAGGAGCAAGAAUGACUGAAGUAGCCUCAGCUAAGUUAACAGAGACCAGAGGGGAAGGGGCAGAGAUAGAUGGUGUUUCAGUUUCCUCACUGCCCAGGGCAUCACCUGGGCCAGCAAAUUCAUCAGUGCAGAUGAUGCCCAAAAGUCAAGAUCAAAGGUCUUCAAUAAACUCACAGAUUAAAACUGCCAGCUUUCCUGGUCAGGUUAAACUUGCAUCAUCAGUGUCAGUAGUGAAUACAAAAGAGUCUCAUCGCUUGUCUUUCCCAAGCCUGAAGACUGCUACCAGCUUCACUUGGUGCUUCCUCAUGAGAAGAAGGCCUCUGCAUUUAAUGCAAGCUGACCAAAGAAUAUCUGCUUAUGCAGCUUGGACCGUUAGUUCCAGCAAUCCAGAUCCUCUGGGUCUGCCUACAAAAGUAGCUCUGUCCCUCUUUGAUUCCAAGCAGAAUGCAAAGAAGAUGCAUUUCACUCAAGCAAUAACAACAAGUGCCAAGUAUGAUAUCCUGGCUUAUUCCAUCAAACUGAAAAGCAGUUUGCCUAAGGACGUCAGCCCACAAAAAUGUACAACUAAAGAAAGUAGCAUUAAAGAUAAAGUGGAACACCAACAAAGCAGUGAGAUAGACACGGAGCCAACAGCAACUAAAAACGAACCAAGGCGAGUCCGGAUUUUUGAUGGAGGGUACAAGUCCAAUGAAGAAUAUGUCUAUGUGCGAGGAAGAGGUCGAGGCAAAUAUAUCUGUGAGGAAUGUGGAAUACGCUGCAAGAAGCCCAGCAUGCUAAGGAAGCACAUUCGCACACACACGGAUGUCCGUCCUUAUCACUGUGCCUAUUGCAAUUUUUCUUUUAAAACUAAAGGAAACUUGACAAAGCACAUGAAAUCCAAAGCGCACAGUAAGAAGUGCAUAGAAAUGGGGAUUUCUGUGGGAUCCAUUGAUGAUGCAGACGCCGAAGAUUCAGGUGACAAGGGAAAGUUUUCAUAUGACCGUCAGUGCUCAGAUGGGGAUGACUCUGAAGGUGCUGAUGAUGAUGACAAUGAUAAUGAUGAAGAGGAUGAAGAUGACAGCCAAGCUGAAUCUGUUGUGUCGGCCACCCCAUCUGUCACAGCAAGUCCACAGCACCACCCCACAAUGAGUAGCUAUAGCGAAUGUUCCAGUGUCACCAAUUUUGAAGAGGGUCUGAAGAGUGGAAAGCUCUCUGGAAGACUGGUCACUUCUAAUGUAGAUACAUUACCAAAAGCUCUGCUGACUCAAAUGACCGCCUUCAGUAUUACAUCCGAUGGAGCUACAGUGAAGCUUCCAGGGACAAGUGAAGUCCUGACACAAAUGCAAAUAAGAGAGCCUAGCUCACCUGGUGUAGACAUGGAAAGGAGUUCUCUGACAAGUCCCAAGUCUCCCUGCCGCCAAAUGUCAGUAGAUUUCCCAGAAUCUGAUGAGAUCCCUGUGUCUUCUACAAAAACUACAUCAGUAGAACCAUCAAAGGCAAGUAUUUUUGUACUGAACUACUUACAGAUCAGUUAUUUAUUAAAACUCACAAUUGUUCUACCCAUCUGUUUGUGUCAUAGUCCAAGAGAAAACAUUUUUGGUGGUUUACUUGGGAAUGAAUUGUUUUAUGGUGUUUGUGAUCCUUUAUGUAAAAGAUCUAACCAGAAAGGCCUGAGUAACUGUAAUAUACCUGCUGUGAAUGUCACAGUUCCUCCUACCCUCCUCAUGGGAUUUGUUUCCAUUCAGAAACAGCUAACAGCAUUGGGUCAGUCAAGUGAACCUGGAGUGCCAGUUGAUCGCAGCACACAGACAACUUUGAUGCCAUCAUCUGUAUAUGCCAAUCCACAGUUCCUACAGUGCCAGCAGCCGCAACAGCAAAUUGAAUGUGUAGCUCCUCAGACUCGUUUAUUCAGCCAUUUACCUAUGCACUCACAGCACCCAAGCCGGACCCCCUAUAGCAUGAUCCCAGUGGGUGGUAUUCAGCUUGUACCAGCUGGGUUAGCAGCUUACUCCACUUUUGUUCCCAUUCAAGCUGGGCCAGUACAACUCACCAUUCCAGCCGUGAGUGUAAUUCACAGGACGUCAAGUCCACAUGGAGAGAAGAGCUCAGAAGGACCUGGACCUGCAGUCUCCAAUUCCGUGGGGGUGUCUGAGCAUGUGAACAAUGUGUUGCCUUGCAUACCUAUUGGUCAGGUCAGUGUUCCAAGUCUACAGACCCUUGGCUCUCAAAAUUUACAACCUCUUCCAGGUGUGGGGCUGGAGACUGUCAACAUUUUAGGUCUUACCAACACGAACAUUAACUCUCAAAUCCAGCCUCAAGGCCUCACCUUAAAUGCAGUUGGUUUGCAGGUGCUAGCAGCAAAUCCUCCAGCUCAAAGCAGUCCCAGCCCCCAGGCACACAUAUCUGGUUUACAGAUUCUGAACAUUGCUUUGCCCACCAUAAUUCCCUCGCUAAGCCCCAUAGCUGCAGAAGGCCAUGGAGUAACCGAAAAAAUGAAUGUUAACUCCAAACCCAGCGAGACAAGACUUGAGCAAACCCCAGUCCAACUUCCAGUUGCAGUUAACAUCAGUCCAGUUGGCUGUGCACUGUCACCACAAUUACCAGCAAGUGUACUGCUAAAGACACUGGAGCCCUCCAUCUCUGGAAAGUUGGACAAAGAGAAUGAAACCCCAUCUGUGGAAGCACGGUUACAUCCUAAGCAAAGGCAGGAGUCCACAGCUGUUCAGAACAAUAAAAACCUGCAAGACAGCCAGCACAUCAUUGAGAGAAAAAAGGAAGACAUUUCAAAUCAACAAACGACCCAGCCUCGGCGGCACAUAGGGACAUCACGAGGUCAGACGACCAUCCAGUAUAGUGAUGUGUCCAGUGACGAUGAGGACAGGCUUGUCAUAGAGACUUAAACACUCCUUCCCCUUUUUUUUAUUUUUUUAAAAAUUGAAAAAACAAUACUUGUUGCUUUGUGAAAAUGAAAACACUUAGAGGUGUGUUCUGUGCAAGCCACCCUUUUUAUUUUAAGCACAUUCUCUGACAUAUCAUAUCCUACGUGCAAUCAUAAAAAGUGACCAAUAUGACUGCCUCAUUUUCUUGUUUGCUCCCGCCAUUUUUAUUUUGUACAUGUUGUAUAGAAAAUUGUGCCUUUUGGAUUUUAUUGUGUAGGAACUUGUACAUAAUAGAAAUUAUAACAACAGUGUAGUUGCUUGUGUUUAUUAAAUUACAAAUAUAGAUUUAUUUUAAAGUGUUAUGUCAUACAUAAAUUUAUCAAUCUAUAUAUAUAUGUAUAUGUUGCACUAAUUGUUUACGAUGUUCUGUGUACAUAUGUAGUAUGUAAAACUAUUUAUUGUAUUCAUCUUUUUGACCAUGAAACACGGGUCUGUUGUUCUUUGUGUGAGAGAGCUUUAUCUUUCAUUAAGUCUCUCAUAAGUAUCAGUAAACUUUUGUUUACAAACUUUUGUACUGA